AUUCAGUCAGUAUGGAGCUCAGUCAACUUCCUCUUGUGCUUUUGCUGAUUUCAAUCAUCUACUCUGGACAAACUGAAGAAACACCAAAACCCACAGUGACCAUCAAACCUGCUCAACAUGUGUUCAGAGGAGAGACAGUCACUCUCAGAUGUGACAUAAAUGCUGAAGGAGUCACUCGCUGGCAGUACGGCUGGUAUAAAGACGGUUCAGACAAAUCUUUCAGUGAACUACAGGAACACACAUUCAGUUCUGUUACUGAGUCUGACGCAGGUAAAUACUCCUGUGAUGGAGCAGAGCCAGAAGGAUCACACAGCUCACACCGCAGUGAUGAAGUCACACUGACAGUAUCAGGUGAGUUUGAUCAUAUCUUCACAUACACAAACAAGUUUAACAUUUUAUUAAUGAGUGAUUUCUUACCUUCAGAUGAAGCCCAGGCAGUGUUAAGUGUUUCUCCACAGACGGGGUUGACUGAAGGAGAUCCAGUGACUCUGAUCUGUGAGGUUAAACGCUCCUCUACAGGCUGGACAUUCAGCUGGUUCACUCUAACUCUCUCAUCAGACUACAGAUAUCAUUAUGAUCUGCUCUCAGACAGCAGCAGAGGAGCUGGAGGAAACUACACUGUCAGUUCUGCUGCUGUAAAUCACACAGGAGUUUAUGUGUGCAGAGCAGAGAGAGGAGAACCAGCCUAUUACACACAGUACAGCAACAAACAGUUAAUAUGUGUCACUGGUGUUUCUCCUCCAGUCUCUCUGAUGGUCAGUCCCAGCAGAACUCAACACUUCACAUCUGUCUCUCUCUCUCUGAGCUGUGAGGAUCAGAGUAACUCUACUGGAUGGACAGUGAGAAGAUACACAGAGAGCAGGCAGCUGAAAGAUUGUUCAUCAUUACGUCGAGGAUCACAAACAGGAUCUUCAUGUACAAUCAGAGACACCAGAACAUCAGACACUGGAGUGUACUGGUGUGAGUCUGAAUCUGGAGAGAAACAUCAUCCUGUUAAUAUCACUGUACACUCUGGUGUGAUUCUGGAGAGUCCUGUUCAUCCUGUGACUGAAGGAGAAACUCUGACUCUUCGCUGUUUAGAUCAAUAUACAUCCUCACCAAACCUUAGAGCUGAUUUCUAUAAAGAUGGGUCACUCAUCCAGAAUCAAACUACAGAGAUGAUCAUCUCUACUGUCUCAAAGUCAGACGAGGGUUUCUACUCCUGCAAACUCCCAGAGAGAGGAGAGUCACCCGAGAGCUGGAUCUCAGUCACAGGCGAGAGUCAAUCAAACUUGUCUCAUUCAGGAUCUCAGAUCUCUGUCCUCCACACACUCAGUUCUGUACUGGCGGUUUGUCCAUAUCUGCUCGUGACAGUCGUGCUGAUCUUCAAAUGCUGCAGGAUGAGAGACUAAAUUUCUGAACUCUACUCCUAGAGUUCUC